AUGAUGAUCGCGACCGCGGCUCUGCCGCCCGCGUCCCGUUCGGUGGCGGCGCUCCUCGCGGGCGAAGGCGGGGUCCCCGCAGACGAGCUGCGGCGGCUGGAGCGGAAGCUCGACAAGGCGCGGGGCCUGGCAGCGGACGCCGAGGCGAAGGAGGGCCGCGACGCCGGCGCCAGGGCGUGGCUGCGCGAUCUGCGGGACGCGCUCUACGUGCUCGGAGACUCUGUCGACGACUUCCGCCGCGCCUCCGCCCGGCGGCACCAGCAGGGCCGGAGAUCGUUACGCCAUUGGUUUACAUUACCAUCAAACAUCGACAGAAACCAGUACAAGACUUUCAAAACCAGUAUCAGUAGCGUCAACAAACAAAUGGAUGGUAUUCUACAGAAAGGUUUCGAAUUGGGACUUCAAGCAAUCAACCAGGAAGGCCAGAGUGGGAGCGCUGAAUUUUCUUGGGGGGUGGUGCCCGAUGAUGAUACUCUGGGUGACAUUCAAAAUGAGAAAAAUAAAUUGAUUGACGUAUUGACAGAGAGGAAGAGUUCAAACAAAGUCAUGAUAAUUGUUGGGGAUAGUGGAAUCGGAAAAACUACACUGGCAAGGAAAAUUCAUGACGAUCAUUGCACCAGAAAUGCAUUCACUAUUGUUGUAUGGGUGAGUGUUUUCAACGACUUGGAUGAUAUUGGAUUACUCUCUGCGAUUGUGAAGGCUGCUGGUGGAAAUCCCAGUGGAGAAGAAAAUAGGGUACAACUUGAGGCCAUGUUGGCAGCCAUUGUUAAAGGAAAGAGAUUCUUUAUGGUACUUGAUGAUGUCCGCAGCAAUCAAAUUUAUGAGAAUUCCCUAGAGGCUCACUUGCAUGUCUGUGGUCAUGGAAGCCGGAUUUUGAUCACCACUCGUGAUGAGAGUAUUUCGACACGGAUGAAAGAUGCUUACAUCUACAGGGUUAAAAAUUUUACUUUUCAGGAUUGUUGGUCCUUGCUUUGCCGGGCUUCUUGUCUGUAUGAGAGCCUACAUGGCGACAUUUUAAGGAAUAUCGGAAUAGCGAUUAUCCAAAAAUGUAACAAGCUUCCAAUGGCUGUCAAGAUUAUAGGGGCUGUCCUAAGAACAAAAGAACCGACCUGCGAGGCCUGGCAGAGAGUGUAUGAAAGCGAAGGAUGGUCCUUCAGGGAGCUUCGAGACUAUGUCCAUGGCUUAACUGGGGCCAUCUAUUUGGGAUACCAUGAUUUGCCCUUGCAUCUGAAGCAAUGCUUUAUUUAUUUAUCACUGUUCCCUGAAGGCUUUGUUAUCAGGCAGCAGUUUGUCAGUCAACUGUGGAUUUCGGAGGGUUUAAUUGAUGAAAGAGAUAACUGCAGUCCUGAAGAGACUGCAGAGGAGUAUUACAGGAGUUGUUAUCAAGGAACCUUCUGCAGCCUGAAAUUGGGAACGAUUUACAUAACAAGAUGCACAAUUCAUGAUCAAAUUAGAUCCUUUCUGCAGUUCUUUGUCAAUGACAAAAUUUUUACUGGUGAACUGAAGACUAGCAUCAAUGGAAAUUCCAGCGAAGGACUGCGACAUGUGUGGAUUAGAAGCAACCUACUAAGAACUACUGUGGAAGAAAUAGGAACAGUGGAAAGCUUGAAGACAGUUAUUCUAUACAAAAACCCACUGGGGAAUCGCAGCUUAGACAAGCUGUUUAAGGGGCUCAAAUAUUUGCAGGUGUUGGACCUUGGUGGUACUGAAAUUAAGUAUAUUCCAAGGACAUUAGAAUCUCUAUAUCACCUUAGACUGCUAAAUCUUUCACUAACACGAAUUACAGAGCUUCCAGAGUCCAUUGAGUGCCUAACAAAUCUACAGUUCUUGGGUCUUCGAUACUGCAAUUGGCUACAUAAUCUUCCAAAUGGAAUUGGUAAACUGCAAUAUUUGCGAUAUCUUGAUCUUCGAGGAACCAACUUGCAUCAGGUCCUACCAAGUUUGGUAAAUCUGAAGCAGCUGUCCACGCUACAUGGCUUCGUAGUAAACCGUAAAUCCAAGCGUGAGGAUGAUCCAACUGGGUGGCCUUUGGAAGACCUAGAAUCUCUAGAUGCAUUGAGAAGCCUGCAGAUUCCGAGGUUGGAAAGAGUCUCAGAUCCUUUGAGGGUGCAAGAAGCCAUGCUGGAAACGAAGUCACACCUCAAGGAACUUGAACUAUGUUGUAGCAAUGAUGAUAGACAGUCUGAAGUACAAGAAGAAGAUGCUAGAACACUUAAGGAUGUAUUUGGUUGCCUUUCUCCUCCACACUGCUUGAAAUCUCUGAAAAUAGUGAGCUAUUAUGGAAAAGUUUUCCCUGAUUGGCUACCUAAUCUCUCAAACCUCCAGCGGCUUGUUCUUACUGAUUGCAAAUUCUGCGAGCAUCUUCCCAACCUGGGCCAGCUAACCGAACUCAAGUUCCUGACUAUAACAGCCUGUUCCAAGUUAGUUACCAUUAAGCAAGAGCAAACAGGUACCGAUCAGGCGUUUCCAAGGCUAGAGCAGUUGCACCUUCGAGACAUGCCCAAUCUUGAAUCAUGGAUAGGAUUUUCACCUGGUGAUAUGCCUUCCCUUGUGAAAUUCCGUCUGGAGAAUUGUCCUAAGCUGUGUAACCUGCCAUCUGGCAUAAAAAACUCGAAAGUCCUGACAAGCAUGCAACUACACCGUAUGGAUAGCCGGCAAAUCAUUGAGGACUUGCCUGUGCUCAAAGAAUUGGUUAUCCAAGCCUGCAAUGAACUUCAAAAAAUCUCAAAUAUUCCAUUACUUGAAGUUUUGAUAGUCCUUGGUUGCUCUCGGUUGAAGGAUGUCACUGAAGUCCACCUUAGUCAUGUCCGCGUUGUAGAUAGAGACAUAAGAGAACUUCCAGAUUGGGUUGCUACUAAUGCAUCCAUGCUGCAGACAUUCACUAUAGUUGGCAGAGCAGAACUGUUUGAAAGAUUACUUCCCAAUCAUGAAGACUGGGAAAUCAUCCGUCACAUAAGCAAAGUUUAUGCAAACCUACCUGAUGAAUCUCCGUUCUUCACCUACACAAAAAGCUCUGCUGAUUUCCAGAAUCGGUGA